AUGUCUGGAAGAGCAACUGGGGCACCUCUGAGCGAGGUGGCGAGUACUUUUGGCACCGGGAACAGUGACCCUGACGUCGCCCCAUUGCACGCGGAAGAAUCAAGGGAUGCACUCUAUGUCCACCCCGAGGCACGCACCCUGUUCAAUAAGUUCCCGUGCCUCCGCUACGUUCCACUGUUCGGAACUGCGACGGAGGGAUACGGGCCCAAAGCGGUUCUUUCACUAGCCAUGUCGUACUUUCUAUGCAAAGGUUUGGCAGACUAUUUUGUUCGACAGUCCCUUUAUGCAAUGUUCACACGACGUUUCGGUGUGGAUGGCAUGACUUACCAGCGGUUGGCGAAUGUGGGUGGGAUGGGUUGGUCGAUCAAGCCGCUGACGGCGGUGGUGAGUGACAUGUUUCCAUUCUUUGGGUAUAGCAAGCGAUGGUAUAUGUUUGUCUCCUGCAUUGUAGGCUCCGCCGUUUCCCUCGGUUUUGGUCUCCUGCCUCCUGUUUCUGGAAGUGCCCAAUUGGGCGCAGGUCUGGUGUUCGUGACUUGUUUCACGAAGGCGAACGUGGACAUCCUGUUGGAGGGUCACUACAGCCGCAUGAUGCGUCGUCUGCCUGGGCCCGGACCUGCGCUUGUGAGCUGGAUUUGGUGGUUCGUCAUAGCUGGAUCGCUGGUAUCUGUCUCGGUCGUAGGUCCUUUGGGUGAUGCUGGCUAUCCACAAAUUGCCUCCUUUCUCGCCACGGGGCUGCAGCUUUUAACGUGCGUUUUCUUUAUUUUUAACUGGGUGGGUGAGCUUCCUAACCGCGUGGAGCGCCUGGAAGAUGCUCGCGUUCUUUACGAAGAGAAUUUGAAGGAGCAAGCGGCUUCUGCGGAGGUCGUGGCCAAAACAGUCUCAGAGAAUGGAAGUGAUGGUGAUGCUGAGCCGUAUUCCCUUGAUGAUGCAGUCAUGGUGGGCUAUGAUACUUCGACAUACCACGACGUACCUGAAAAUGCACUUCUUCCGUUUGAAUUUGUGGAGCCUCGUUCAUGUUGCUGCGGAGUGUUUGAAAUCAAUGACGAGGUCCGCCGUCGCAACCUGCGUGUGACAGUGUACUCUCUGCUGAUGGUGUGCUGUGUCAUCAGUGUCGCUGCCGUCUCGAUCGCCGGAACCAGGGACCAACUUCUGUACACCGCCAUUGCGGUCUCCGUUGCACACUGUUGUUGCAAUUUUUAUGCAUUACCACUGAUUGUUGCGAAGGCUAACUUGUUCGGUUACUUGCAGAAGGCAUCAGCUUUGCAAUUCCCCGGAUCAAUUACGAGUUUUUAUACGGCGCAACCUGACUGCGUUCCUGAUGGACCGCACUUCAACCUCUUCUUUUACCAGACAGUGGGAGGAUUGAUUGGCAAUUUCGCUUCCAUUGUCGGUAUUGUGAUGUUCAACUACGUCUUCUCCAAGCGGACAUACCGGAUGACCUUCGUUGUAACCGUUCUUCUUGGUAUCGUGGCAUCAUUCUUUGAUCUCAUCAUUGUGAUGCGUUGGAACAGCCCGAGGGUCAGCGAUCAUGCGGUGUAUAUUCUGGGUGAUGCUAUUGUUUCCGAGGUGAUUACGAUGCUGAACUGGAUGCCCAUGAUUGUGCUGCUCUCACAGCUGUGCCCCAGAGGAAGUGAGAGUACAGUGUACGCCAUUCUCGCCGCCUCCGCUAACCUUGGACAAUCCAUGGCCUCCAUCAUUGGCUCCCUGAUCAUGGAGUACAAGUUGCCAGUGGCGACGGAGGUUCCGUGCGACUUCUCUAACUUGCGCUGGCACAUCAUUAUUGGUGGUUUUCUGGCCCCGUUGGUGCAGAUACCCCUCACGUUCCUCCUCAUUCCCUCUGCUCGCAUGUGUGAUAGGCUCCAGAUUGACGGUACAUCAGUGAAACGGGAGAAAGACACCCCGAUGGAGCCAAUCUCCGCCGAGGAUGAGCCACAGACGACGGCAGGAGAAGCGAAUGACAAGCGAGAAGAAUAA